AUGGGACGGCAUCCGCUUUCCCUGCUGAUAGUGAUACUAUCGCUAAUGCUGCUGCCGUACGGAUACACCUGGAAGGAGUAUCGGAUACGUAGAAGCAUCGAUUUGUCCUUUACGAAUCCACUCAUUUCCGAUACGAAGCUUCCCGCCGAUCUCGUCCCGUCCGGGUACAGUCUCUUCCUGCACCCGGUGCUAGAAAAGUCUACCUUUGCAGGGCGCGUCAAUAUUACGAUGAUGUGCGCCAAGUCUACCAAUCAAAUCACACUCCAUGCUCACCACGAUCUUACGGUAGAUGAGCUAGAUCUGGAGGUAGUGAAGAUGGCUGAUGACAGCAAGAUUCCGAUACGGCGCGUGGGACGUGUUCCGAAAAAACCCUUGUUAGAAAUUUAUUUCCACGACUCGCUGACGGUUGGUGUAUCGUACGAGCUACGCCUCAAGUUUAACGGCAACAUUUGGGAGAAUGUGGAAGGUAUCUUCGAGGGGAAGUACAAACAACAGGCGAACGCUGCCGGCACCGAUACGGAUACCGAGGGUGUAAUCGAGGCGGAAGAGCACUCGUACAUCAGCACGUACUUCCGGCCACACCAUGCACGUCGUGUGUUUCCUUGCUUUGACGAGCCCGCGUACAAGGUACCGUUCAAUGUAAGCAUUGUACGUCCGGCAACUCAUCACGUACUAUUCAACACUGAGCUGGAGCGCACGGAAGAGCUUACAUCGAGCGAUUCCAAGCACGUGAUCGAUGUGUUCAAGCGUACACCGCCGAUGUCGACGUUUACGUUUGGAUUUCUCAUAUCCGACCUCCAACAAGUGCCAUCGAUGUCCGAUGAAAAGGAUGACGAGCGCAAAAAGCCUGCGAUUCGUAUUUGGGCCCGACGUGACUUCCAAAAAAAUGUUGCCGAUGUAGAGCAGCGGGUGAAACUUGCGCUGAAAAAGUUGCAAGAUUAUUGGGGCGUGGAGCUGCCGCUGGAAAAAUUGGACGUGGUGGCACUGCCUGGAUUCUCCUACGUGAAGCCGGCCGAUAAUUGGGGUUUGAUUGUGUUCAAGGAAAGUGAACUGAUGAGAGGCUACUACAAUCUUGCCCAGGAACUCGUCUAUCAAUGGCUUGGUUCAUGGAUCACUCCGCAUUGGUGGAGCGAUGCGCAUGUGAACAAGGCUAUCGCAGGAUUCCUUUCUGCCGACACAGCGAUUAAGAUUGAUGGUGGCGAUGAGUUCGAGGGUAAAUAUCCGAUGACCAUACUGUACUCUAUCUACUACGAGUUUAGCAAACGCUACCCUCAUUCGCGCAUUACGGGCCAAAAGCACGAGACGACCUGCAGCAAAACCGAGCUGGUGUUGCGUAUGCUCAACUACACCCUCGGCGAGGAUACCUUCCGCCGCGGGAUGCAAAAGUUUAUCCAGCAUCGCGAGUACAAAACAUUCUACGGCGAUGACGUGUGGGAAGCGCUCACCAAACAGGCCCAUCUCGAUCAGCGACUGUGCGAGUCGGCGACCGUAAACGAUGUCGUCAACUCGUGGAUCACCAAGGAUCGCAUCCCGAUGGUGAACGUGAUACGGUCGUACGGUAACCGUUCUGCUACCGUCACCCAAAAGUUGUACCUACGCGAGCGUCCCCACGAUGUGCUGGAUAAGGAUAAAAUGCUCUGGUGGAUUCCGCUCGUUGUUGUAACGCAGGAUCGAUUGAAUUUCGGUAACAUGAGUGCGGUAAAAUGGAUGAAACAGGUGCGGGAGAUCACACUGGAGGAAUUGCCCGGAUCGGAUGAGUUUAUUAUUGUCAAUCCGGAGGAGGUAGGACCGUUCCCGGUGAAUUAUGACGAGCGCAACUGGAAUCUGCUAGCUACCUUCUUGCAGAAGGAAGAGAGCCGAACCACGAUUCCCGUCUACACGCGUGCAAAGCUGCUUCACGACGCAUGGAACCUUGCGUAUGCGGGCGAGCUUAGCUUCGGUACCGCCUUCAACAUGACGCUCUUCAUGAAGUACGAACGUAACCAUUUGGUGUGGAAUCCCGUAUUUACGCUGAUCGAUCACAUCGGUCGCCAUAUUGAUAUGUCGGCAGUGCACAAAAAAUUCGAAAUGUACGUUCGCACCCUACUGACACCAUUGUACGAAGAGUUGGUGAGCAAUCAGCAGGAAAACGAAGAGAUGUGGAAGGCAAACCUGCGUUCGCUGGCGAAAAAUUUCCUCUGCCGUGCCGGUUACAAACCGUGCAUCGAGGAGGCGCAACGCGCGUUCAACAAGUGGAUGGAUAGCCCGGACCCAGACGCAGGCAAUCCUGUUGCGAAUCAAUACAUCUGUCCAGUGUUCAAGUGGGGUACGCGUGAAGAGUGGGAGUUUGGACUGCAACGAGUGAUCAAUUUCCCCGAGUCGCGCGUCAAGAGUGAACGCACUUACCUGCUGAAAACGCUUGCCGGCUGCCCAAGCCAACCGUUCAAAAUCGAUCGCCUGCUCAACAUCAUGGUGCUGGAGGAUAAUGGCAACUUUACCGACAACGAUAUCAGUCUCAUCUUCAAGAUGCUUUCCGGUGGCUCGAGUGGCUACACGACGCUCUUCAACUUCCUCAAGAAUAACUGGGAUGCAAUCAAACUACGAUUCAAAAACCGAGAAUCACUGUGGGACAAUAUGAUCAACUCUGCCACUGGACUGUUUACCACGCAGGAAGGCUACGAUAUGGUAUCGCAGCUGUACGUGCAGCACCAAGGUGAGUUCGGUACGGCGGAACACAUAAUCGAAAAGUCGCUGAAGAACAUUAAGGAGGAAACGAAAUGGAGCGACGAAAACUUGCCAGUUAUAGAGAAGUGGUUGGACAAUUUUCUCGCCAGCAACGGUGUUGCGGAUCAAAAGUUUCUCGGUUGA